AUGGCCUUGGCGCACCCGCAGACGCUCGCGCUGAGCAGCACUGUGGUGACGCACUUCAAGCAAGAUGCGACGCUGCAAAUGACAUCCGACGACCAGGACUAUGAAUACGUCAUGGACUGCAAGACGACAGCGUCCAAGGAACAUGUCAUCUUGGCGCUCUCAGACAAGACGCUCCAGGCGCGCAGCCGAUCGACGCUCGCGUGCGACCGCGUCAUCGCCGCGCACAACGCGUCGAUCAACGAAGUCUGCGUCUCCGAGACGUCGCCGUGGUGCGUCCUCUCGGGCUCGAACGACGGCACGAUGAAGCUAUGGGACCUGCGCACCGACCAAGGACCGGCGCAGAGCAUCCGCGUCGGCAGUGAAGUGUGGACGUGCUCCAUGGGCUGCGGCGACACGCUCGUCGUGUGCGGCACAACCGACCGGGCGGUCUUUUACGACACGCGGACCGCGCGCAAGCUCGGCGAGUAUGGCGAGUCGCACAUGGACAACGUGACGCGGGUUCGUUUCCACCCGCUGCGCCGGUCCGAGGUCGUCACGGCGUCCGAAGACGGUGUCGUGUGCCUCUUCGACUGCACGAUCGCCGACGAAGACGACGCGAUCAUUUCCAUCAUCAACGUCGAGAGCGCGGUGACGCAGUUUGCAUUCUUUGGCCACGAGCUCCAUCACAUGGCCUUUCUCACGGGCUCGGAGACGCUGGACCUCUGGAACAUUACGACCGCCCAGCGCCUCGCGCAUUUCCCGCAGAUCCGCGACGCGUGCAACGCGCUCGACAUGCCCACCGAGUAUUUAAUCGACUGCAAGUACGAUGCCACGAGCGACCAGCUGCACCUGGUGACGGGCGACCAUGCGGGCACAGUCAACAUUGCGACGCUCGGCGAGUCGUCGCUCACGCCGCAGGCCAAGCUCGUCGGCGGCCACAAGACAGCGAUUCGCUGCAUUGACUGGGACGACAACAUGCUUCUCACGGGCGGCGAAGACUCGCGUCUGUGCAAGUGGUCGGCCUCGUCCGGAUUAUUUCAACAGCAAGCGACGCGUGGCAUCCGAGCGUCCGUCGAGCGCGACGUGAGCGGCCUCAAGAAGGCACGGAAGAGCUCGCGCCCGUACUAAAUGAGGACGCAGUAAUAGACCCGAGUAAUACCGUGUCCA